CAUCCUCUGCCAGGUGGCAUCCACAUUCUCUGCCAGGUGGCAUCCACAUCCUCUGCCAUGUGGCAUCCACAUCCUCUGCCAUAUACAUUAAUUCAUUCCCACCACUCUCAAUUGCUCCAGUACAAGAUGAGACCGUGCCUAUGGCUGAGAGGACCCAAGCUCAAAGUGUGGUUUCAAAUCAGGCUCUUCAAGAAUGGCGAGCAAUACGUGCCCAGCGAGACCAGGAGUAUGAUAAAAGCUUUUUAGUGGAUCAGGAGAAGGUAAUACUUGCAUAAAUAGACCUUGGAUUUACAUUCUCUUACACAAUUCAUACAUGCUAAUGUGGUCUUUUAAUAGGCUAGUUUCUUCCUCUCCUAUCAGGCCUGUGAGGAAAGACGUCGAAAGGUUUGUGUUUGUAAUAUUAGUUUGAUAAACUAGCUGAAUUUUGUUUUUUAAUGAGACAUCACAUUUCAGGCUAUUGAGGUAAGACGUCAGCGAAUGUCUGCAUGUGAGGAACCAUCAAAUGGGGUGUUGCUCAAAUUUAAAUAUCCAAAUGGACACAUCAAUAUGAGGAAAUUCAGCUUGUCGGAGCCAAUCCAGAUCUUGUUUGACUUUGUGGGACAAGAUGAGAUUGCCAGUGAAAUCUUUGUGGUGCAAGAAGCCGCAUCAUCAAGAUCAGUUAAGAGCAGUUCCUCUGGGUCAAUAAUGGACCAUGGCAUAAAAGCAUCCUCAACUCUAUAUGUGCUUUGGUUUUCAAAUCAGGAUGUACAGGAAAUUCUCUCAGAUCAACAAAAUUAUGGCGCUUAUGCCUUACUCCAUACAUCUCAUUGUCAGUCAUCACCGUCUGAGCCCUCCAGCCAGCCAAGUCUCUCUGAGCCCUCCAGCCACUCACUGCUGUCUGAGUCCUCCACCCAGCCACCGCUCACUCUGUUCUCACAACCACAAGAAAUCCUGGUUCUUAAUGAUGAACCAUCACUGCCUCGAUCUGCCCAGGAACCAAUCAUUAUUCUUGAUGAGCAAGAUGAGACAGUUUCACAAAAUCAGUCUCCUGUAUCAACACAUCACAUCGGAGGACCUGUGGAUGAGAUUGAUCUACAGACCAUAUUGAAGAAAAUGGUCAGCAGAGUUGAUAUGACAAUGGUGAAGGGGCAAUUGACGAAGGCGUACCGACAAGAGAGUACCUAAGGCUGUUGAUGAGGGCUGUCCACCAGUCAAAUAUCUUUGAGGGACAUGAGAGACCGGCAGUUGUCUCUUGAUACUCAAGAUACAGGAAGCACCAACAGUCCGAGAGGCGAACGGUGCAAUUGCAGAGGCAGCAGAUAGUCUCAGCAUUAUAGGUGCCUUAAGAUGUGUAUCUAGUCUGGAGGAGAAGGACUCCCUUGUCCAGUCAGCUGCAGACUUCUUCAUCAAUGGAAGAUUGGCGACUGCCCUGGACCAGUUUACAGAGGGGUUAAAAACCCUUGGUUUACUGGUGGAGCUGAGGAAGAAUCCGGCAGUGUUCUACAACAUGUUUGUCAGUGAGGAGAUUCCACUACAGGCGAAGGACCUAUGCACUUUAUUUGACGUGGACUUCUCUGUGCAGGGCAGCAUAAGGAGAGCCAGAGAAAACAUGACAAUAUGCUUUUGGCGUGACUGGUUAAUUGAUACUGAAGGUUUACUAUCUAUUGAACAUGUUAUAACAUGGACUUUAAGUACGAUUAUUAGUGGGCAUUUUGUUCUGGUUGGCAGGAAAAUAAAUUCUGAUAAUGCUAUAGUUGAGGUGACAUUGUGAAGUCUAGUUGUGUGAACAUGGGUAGCUCCCUUAAAUUUGUUCAGAAUGCAACUUCCAAAGUAACACCUACAAAAGACUAGGGCUGAGCGAUGUGGCCUAAAAAAAAAUAACCUUUUGUUUUAUGGGGCCUGAAUGACCGGUUCUCACCACUUGUGUUAAAGGAGAAUGCAGUCCAGUCACCCUAGAGAAUGUAUUGGAGUUUACAUCAGGAGCCUCAACAGUGCCUCCACUGGGAUUUCCAAACCGUCCACAAAUUCAGUUCCUUCAUGAGGGGAACAAUCUUCCCAGAAGCAAAUACUUGUAUUCUUGUGCUCCGCCUGCCGCUGCACUCUUCCUAUGAAGCCUUCAAACGAUACAUGAUUGAGGGAAUUUUGCAAGCUCCGACCUUUGGACUUGUAUGAUGUCACUGUUUGAAAAUUUAAUUUUUCACCUGAGCUAUUUGUUUAUUUCACAGAAUGCUGUGAAGCAAGUCACUGGUUCAAAUGGUAAUUUUAGAAUCUCAUGCAGUUCUCUUUCAGUUAAAGGAACAUGUUGACUUUUUGGGACUUUAUCUUAUUCACCAUAUUCCCCAGAGUAAGAAGUCCAUACAUGCCCUCUUCAUCUCUGUGCAUGCUGUAACUGUCUGAC